AUGCGUCCCGAAAUCGAACAAGAGCUCGCCCACACGCUCCUCGUUGAGCUGCUGGCAUACCAGUUUGCCUCGCCCGUGAGGUGGAUUGAGACUCAAGAUGUUAUUCUCGAGGCCAACCGGACCGAGAGGAUAGUCGAGAUUGGUCCUGCUGACACGCUGGGUGGCAUGGCCAAGCGGACGCUCGCCUCCAAGUACGAAGCCUACGAUGCUGCGACAUCAAUGGAGCGUCAGGUUCUGGCCUACAAUAAAGACCUGAAAGAGAUCUAUUACGACGUCGACCCAGUACCAGAUGAGCCCACACCUGCGGAAACACCUGCAGAGUCCUCCAGUGCUGCACCCGCCUCAGCACCCGCCUCGGCACCUGCAGCAGCAGCGGCUCCUGCUGCGUCCGCCGGACCUGCCGCUGCCGUCGCAGAUGUACCUGUCAUGGCGGUCGAUAUUCUACGAGCCCUUGUGGCACAGAAGCUAAAGAAACCUCUAACCGAUAUUCCCCUCUCGAAAGCCAUCAAAGAUCUUGUUGGUGGCAAAUCUACCCUGCAGAACGAGAUUCUCGGUGACCUAGGCAAAGAGUUCGGGUCCACACCAGAAAAGCCAGAAGAUACACCUUUAGACGAGUUGGGUGCUGCUAUGCAGUCAACUUUCAAUGGUCAGCUCGGCAAACAGUCCACCUCGCUCAUUGCCCGCAUGGUAUCCUCGAAAAUGCCUGGAGGUUUCAACAUUACUGCAGUGCGCAAGCAUCUCGAGACCAAGUUUGGCCUUGGUUCUGGCCGGCAGGAUGGUGUCCUCCUGCUGGCCCUAACGAUGGAGCCUGCCGCCCGCCUGGGCUCCGAGAAUGAUGCCAAGUCGUAUCUGGAUGGUGUUGCCGAAAAAUAUGCUUCAACUGCUGGCAUCUCCCUAUCCUCCGCUCCCGCUGGUGGUGCCGCUGGUGCUGCUGGCGGUGGUAUGAUGAUGGACCCCGCAGCCAUCGAUGCCUUGACCAAGGAUCAGCGUGCACUGUUCAAGCAGCAGCUCGAGCUCUUUGCACGUUACCUCAAGAUGGAUCUGCGGGCGGGUGACAAGGCUGCUGAGGGUCAUUCAGAGUCUAACAAGGCUCUGCAGGCCCAGCUUGAUCUCUGGAACACCGAGCACGGCGAAGUCUACGCUGCUGGCAUUGAGCCUUCGUUCGACCCUCUGAAAGCUCGUGUCUACGAUUCGGCGUGGAAUUGGGCUAGACAAGAUGCUCUCAACAUGUACUACGACAUUAUCUUCGGUCGACUCAAGGCUGUUGACCGAGAAAUCGUCAGCCAGUGCAUUCGUAUCAUGAACCGAUCCAACCCGACCCUUAUUCAAUAUAUGCAGUAUCACAUUGAUAAUUGCCCGACCGAGCGUGGUGAGACGUACAAGCUUGCCAAAGAGCUUGGAGAGCAGCUCAUCGAGAAUUGCAAGGACGUCUUGAACGAGGCUCCCGUCUACAAAGAUGUUGCUCUUCCCACAGGGCCAAAGACUACUAUCGAUGCUCGUGGCAACCUUGACUACGAGGAAGUGCCUAGACAAAGUGCUCGUAAACUCGAGCACUAUGUCCGUGAGAUGGCCGACGGUGGAAAAAUUUCCGAGUACAGUAACCGCACAAAGGUUCAGAACGAUCUACGAAAUGUUUACAAGCUCAUUCGCAAGCAACACAAGCUGUCCAAGUCAUCUCAGCUUCAGUUCAACUCUUUGUACAAAGAAGUUGUCCGCGCUCUUGCCAUGAAUGAGUCACAAAUUAUGCCACAGGAGAACGGCGACGUGAAGAAGCCUGGGCGCAACGGUUCCAUUGCUCGUGCUACGGUUAACGGCAUCAAGUCUGGAAAGACUGAGACCAUUCCUUUCUUGCAUCUCAAGAAGAAGGAAGCCCAUGGCUGGGACUACAGCAAGAAGCUUACCGGUGUCUACCUCGACGGCUUGGAGAAUGCCGCCAAGUCGGGCAUUACUUUCCAGGGCAAGAUGGCACUCAUGACAGGUGCCGGUGCUGGUUCGAUUGGUGCUGAGGUCCUUCAGGGUCUCAUCAGCGGUGGUGCCAAGGUCGUGGUGACCACCAGCCGCUACUCUCGCCAGGUCACCGAGUAUUACCAGUCCAUGUAUGCUCGCUUUGGUGCCCGAGGCUCUCAAUUGGUUGUUGUUCCCUUUAACGGUGGCAGCAAGCAAGAUAUCGAGGCUCUAGUUGAGUACAUCUAUGACACCAAGAAAGGCCUGGGUUGGGACCUGGACUUCAUCAUCCCCUUUGCUGCGAUUCCUGAGAACGGCCGGGAGAUCGAUAGUAUUGAUUCCAAGUCGGAGCUGGCCCACCGCAUCAUGUUGACCAACGUGGUCCGCCUUCUUGGUGCUGUCAAGACCAAGAAGUUUGACAGCGGCUUCAACACACGGCCGGCCCAAUGUAUCCUGCCGCUCUCCCCCAAUCAUGGUACAUUUGGCAACGAUGGUCUGUACUCAGAGUCCAAGUUGGCUUUGGAGACCUUGUUCAACAGAUGGCAUUCCGAGAAUUGGGGUGACUUCCUCACCAUCUGCGGCGCGGUCAUUGGCUGGACUCGCGGUACUGGUCUCAUGAGCGGCAACAACAUCGUCGCCGAUGGCGUUGAGAAGUAUGGCGUCCGUACUUUCUCUCAACAGGAAAUGGCCUUCAACCUACUUGGCCUCAUGUCGCCUGCCAUCGUUGACCUGUGCCAGUCCGAACCCGUCUGGGCCGAUCUCAACGGCGGGCUGCAAUUCCUACCAGAUCUCAAGGAUAUGAUGACCAAGCUUCGCGCCGAAAUCAUGGAGACCAGCGCUGUUCGACAAGCCGUCACUAAGGAGACUGCGAUCGAGAACAAGAUUGUUAAUGGCGAAGAUAGCGAGGCUCUUUACAAGAAAACCAAUAUCGAGCCUCGUGCUAAUCUCAAGUUCGAGUUCCCGACUCUGCCCGACUGGAAGACCGACAUUGAGCCUUUGAACGGAAAACUCAAGGGUAUGGUCGACCUCGAUAAGGUGGUCGUUGUUACUGGUUUCUCUGAACUCGGUCCGUGGGGUAACUCGCGUACCCGAUGGGAGAUGGAAGCCCAGGGCGAGUUCUCCCUGGAAGGCUGCGUCGAAAUGGCUUGGCUCAUGGGACUCAUCAAGAACCACAACGGACCACUCAAGGGCAAGUCAUACUCUGGCUGGGUUGAUGCGAAGACUCAGGAUCCUGUUGAUGACAAAGACGUCAAGGCCAAGUAUGAGAAGCAGAUCCUGGAGCACUCCGGUAUUCGUCUGAUCGAGCCUGAGCUCUUCAAUGGCUACGAUCCCAACAAGAAGCAGCUUCUGCAUGAAGUUCAGAUCGAAGAGGACCUUGAUCCUUUCGAGGCGUCGCAAGAAACAGCAGCCGAAUUCCGACGACAGCAUGGUGAAAAGGUCGAGAUCUUCGAGCUCGAGUCUGGCGAGUUCACUGUCCGCUUGAAGAAGGGCGCCACUCUGCUCAUCCCUAAGGCGCUCCGCUUCGAUCGUCUCGUGGCCGGUCAGAUCCCGACUGGCUGGAAUGCGAAGACGUACGGUGUGCCCGACGACAUCAUCGAGCAGGUUGACCAGGUCACACUGUUUGUCCUUGUCUGCACAGCUGAAGCCCUUCUCUGCUCCGGCAUUACGGAUCCUUACGAAUUCUACAAGUACGUCCACUUGACUGAGGUCGGUAACUGCGUUGGCUCUGGUAUCGGUGGUACUACCGCCCUCCGUGGAAUGUACAAGGAUCGCUUCAUGGACAAGCCUGUACAGAAGGAUAUUCUGCAAGAGUCCUUUAUCAACACCAUGGCUGCUUGGGUCAACAUGCUGCUCCUUUCUUCGACUGGUCCCAUCAAGACUCCUGUCGGUGCUUGUGCCACUGCUGUCGAGUCGGUCGACAUUGGCUACGAAACCAUUGUUGAGGGCAAGGCACGUGUCUGCUUCGUUGGCGGCUUUGACGAUUUCCAGGAGGAAGGAUCGUACGAAUUCGCCAACAUGAAGGCCACCAGCAAUGCUGAGACUGAAUUCGCCCACGGUCGCACGCCCAAGGAGAUGUCGCGUCCGACCACGACUACUCGUUCUGGCUUCAUGGAAUCGCAGGGUUGUGGUAUGCAGAUCAUCAUGUCUGCCCGUCUCGCGCUCGAUAUGGGCACACCUAUCUAUGGUAUUAUUGGUUUAACCACGACGGCGACGGACAAGAUUGGCCGCUCCGUUCCUGCGCCUGGCCAAGGUGUUUUGACCACUGCUCGCGAGAAUCCUGGAAAGUUCCCCUCACCUCUGCUAGACAUCAACUAUCGCCGCCGACAGCUCGACCUGCGCCGUCGUGCCAUCAAGAAUUGGCAAGAGUCUGAACUUCUCUAUCUCAAUGAGGAAGCCGCCGCCAUGAAAGCUCAGGCUGGCUUUGGCUUCGAUGAGAAGGAGUACAUGGAGGAUCGUAUGGCUCACAUCGAAAAAGACGCCAAACGUCAGGAAAAGGAGGCACAAUUCAGCCUCGGAAACAACUUCUGGAAACAAGAUCCUACCAUCGCUCCACUCCGUGGCGCUUUGGCCACCUGGGGCCUUACCAUCGAUGAUCUUGGUGUUGCAUCCUUCCACGGCACUUCCACUGUUGCCAACGACAAGAACGAAUCGGAAGUCAUCUGCAAGCAACUUGAGCAUCUUGGCCGCAAGAAGGGCAAUGCUCUCCUCGGUAUCUUCCAGAAGUAUCUCACCGGUCAUCCCAAGGGUGCGGCUGGUGCCUGGAUGUUCAACGGGUGUUUGCAAGUCCUCAACUCCGGACUUGUGCCUGGCAACCGCAAUGCCGACAAUGUGGACCAGGUCAUGGAGAAGUUCGACCACAUCGUGUACCCCAGUCGUUCUCUUCAAACGGAUGGCAUCAAAGCCUUCUCCGUUACCUCGUUCGGUUUCGGGCAAAAGGGCGCCCAAGCCAUCGGUAUCCAUCCCAAGUAUCUGUACGCGGCUCUUGAUCAGGCCGACUUCCAGCAAUACAAGAUGAAGGUGGAAGCUCGCCAGAAGAAGGCGUAUCGCUACUUCCACAACGGCAUGAUCAACAACACGCUGUUCGUCGCCAAGACUCAAUCACCUUAUGCCGACAACAUCAUGCAGAAGGUCUUCUUGAACCCUGACCAGCGUGUGCAGGCCGACAAGAAGACGGGCGAACUGACCUAUUCUCCCGCGGUCCCCAAGAAGGCUGUCAGCAAGAACGCCGAGCAGACCAAGGUUAUGCUCGAGUCUUUGACCAAGGCCACCGCGACCGAGGGCAGCAAGGUCGGCGUUGAUGUCGAAGAAAUCAAUGCCAUUAAUAUCGAGAAUGAGACCUUUGUGGAGAGGAACUUUACUGCCUCGGAGCAGGCCUACUGCCGCAAGGCUGCAUCGCCUCAGGCUUCAUUUGCAGGCAGGUGGUCUGCAAAGGAAGCCGUCUUCAAGGCUUUGGGUGUGAGCGGCAAGGGUGCGGGCGCUGCACUCUCCGACAUUGAGAUCCUGUCAGAUGACAAAGGUGCUCCCAAGGUCACCCUCCACGGUGACGCUCUCAAGGCGGCGAAAGAAGCUGGAGUAAAGAACGUCAACGUCAGCAUUAGCCAUAGCGACACUCAGGCUAUUGCCGUCGCGGUAUCUGCGUUUUAG